UCAGCCUCACGGCCAUUAUCAUAAUAAGCAAAGAAUGGGCGGUGGCUUUGCGGCGGCGGUUUGGGUUUUCGGAACUUGGGUCUCUGUGCCGCUCAGUAAUUCUGGGGCGUGAUGGUUGGUACUGUUGUGCCGGUGACGUGGUCUGGGAAGCUCAGGUUCACGGAAGGUCUAGGAGCCAUGUCCACCUUGUUUCCCUCCCUCUUCCCCCGUGUGACUGAAACUCUGUGGUUUAAUCUGGAUCGGCCUUGUGUGGAAGAGACAGAGCUGCAGCAGCAAGAACAGCAGCCAUGAAGCCUGCUCCAGAGCAUCGCAGAGAAAGACAACAACCUGGUACCUAUUGGCAAGCCGGCCUCAGAGCACUAUGAUGAUGAGGAAGAGGAGGAUGAAGAUGAUGAUGAGGAUAGUGAAGAGGACUCAGAGGAUGAUGAGGACAUGCAGGACAUGGACGAGAUGAAUGACUACAAUGAGUCACCUGAUGAUGGAGAGGUCAAUGAGCCUCCUCUCCAGGUGGACAUGGAAGGCAACGAACAGGAUCAGGACCAGUGGAUGAUCUAAGUAGACAAGGCAGGGUGGCCUCAGGGAGAUUCCAGGCCAACCCAACCUACCCUGUGACUCCUGCAGAACCAGCUGAUCACCCCAGUGCCUGAAAGUUCACCCUCAGGCACCUCCUCAACUGCUGCCAGGACCUGGUCUCCUUGGCCCCUCCCAGGCCAUCAACCUGCCCUUGAAUCCCCAGGACCUGAGUCCACCCCACCUUUCUGGCCAGUACCUCACCCUUUGAGGUGUAGUCUCUCUCUAACUCUCUUUAAUAAAGACACAGGACUAAUUCCUCCCUC